AGCCCGCGGGCCGGCCGCCGCCGCCAGGUUGUGCCUGAGACUGUCAGAUAAAGCGGCGGGCCGGCGGGAGGGGAGGCGGUGAGCACGGCCCGGGCCGGACAUGGCGGCGCUCUACGCCUGCACCAAGUGCCACCAGCGCUUCCCCUUCGAGGCGCUGUCUCAGGGGCAGCAGCUGUGCAAGGAAUGCCGGAUCGCUCACCCUGUUGUGAAGUGUAUCUACUGCAGGACUGAGUACCAGCAGGAAAGCAAAACCAAUACAAUAUGCAAGAAGUGUGCUCAGAAUGUACAGUUAUAUGGAACGCCUAAGCCCUGUCAGUAUUGUAACAUAAUUGCUGCAUUUAUUGGGGAUAAAUGCCAGCGCUGCACGAAUUCCGAGAAGAAGUAUGGGCCCCCGUACUCCUGUGAACAGUGCAAGCAGCAGUGUGCGUUCGACAGGAAGGACGAUCGAAAGAAGGUGGAUGGGAAGCUCCUGUGCUGGCUGUGCACACUGUCGUACAAGCGCGUCCUUCAGAAGACCAGAGAGCAGAGGAAGCACCUGAGCAGCUCUUCUCGAGGCAGCCAUCAGGAGAAGGAGCAGUACAGCCGCCUGAGUGGUGGCAGUCAUUACAACAGCCAGAAAACACUUUCUACAUCUUCAAUUCAAAAUGAAAUCCCAAAGAAAAAAUCCAAGUUUGAGUCAAUCACAACUAACGGAGACAGCUUUUCCCCAGACCUGGCUCUGGAUUCGCCAGGCACUGACCAUUUUGUCAUCAUUGCCCAGCUGAAGGAAGAGGUGGCCACUCUGAAGAAGAUGCUGCAUCAGAAGGAUCAAAUGAUCCUAGAGAAAGAGAAGAAGAUUACAGAGCUGAAGGCGGAUUUUCAGUACCAGGAGUCUCAGACACGGGCCAAAAUGAACCAAAUGGAGAAAACCCACAAGGAGGUCACAGAGCAGCUGCAGGCCAAAAACCGAGAGCUUCUGAAACAGGCAGCUGCCUUGUCUAAGAGCAAGAAGUCCGAGAAGUCAGGCACCAUAACGUCGCCAUGAAGACAGCAAGAAGACUCCCAGCACCGACAGCCAGUGCUCCUUCCUGGGUCAGGGUUGGUCCGAGACCUGGCUCUGGGAUCUCUGGGGAUUGUGCUUUCCCACAAAUCUCUGUCUUCUUACCUUACCCUCUUCGUUGGGGUGUAGUGGCUGAAUGGAAACACCUGGUCUGUGCCCUGUUAUGGCUGCAUGCUGAGCGGGUAGGGUUCCAGACCUGCUCUUCCUUCCUCCCUUCCUCCUCCCGCUCCCAUGCUCCUCCCUCUCUCUAUUUUAGUGCUCUGUUUUCCAUAGUGGUCACUGCUCAGCGUCAUGGGCAGAGUGUCUGUCCAACAUCACACCUGCCACCCACGAGCAAGUCUAUUGUCAGCUCUGUCGUCAGCUGUAUGUCACUGCCACCCCCAACCUCGGAGCUGCCACCUUGAGACUGUGCAGCGAGGGAGGCUUUUUCUCACCAAUAAACCUUUUCUUCAGGGUGUACUCUUGGGUUUCCAGGUAUAUUAUGUACGGCCUUUGUACUAUGUAUACACAGAGCUUUAUUUAUUUUUUAAAAAGGAAACCUUUUCUUGAUAAAGGGAUGAUGGUAGCCUAGUUAGUUCUUGUAAAAGUGAUGCCUCUUUGAAAAAAGAAAAAAAUCUCCAGUCCCAUUUGCUAGCUUUUAGUAGAAGACUCCAAUCUUUUCUUCCUCAUUACCUUAGAGUCUUGAUGCUAAGUUAACUGUUGGAGGCUAAGUGUGGACUAAGUGCCUUUGGAGGAUCCCAUGGAAGAGUGUGUGAGGAGAGGCUUAAGGGAGGUUGCUUGCCAAGUUUGGCCAGUCUGUCUUUAAGUGGGGCAGAAAGACGGUUGUCCAGGUUGUACUGGGCACUUCCUUCUCUGCCUGCCCCUCCUCCUCUUUCUACAUGAUUUUAAAUUCCCACACUGCCACUUCUUUUUAAAAACGUUCCUGUUUCUUGCUCUAUCAGCUGUCAUACCAGGUUGUUAUCAAAACAUGGGGGUUUGUUUUUUCUUUUUUAACAUAAGUAGAUUCAUGUGGGUUAAGCUUUGAGCUACUUGCGUGUUUCUGAGGGUUGGCAUGAAUUGCCUGGGUGCAGGCUGUAUGAUGGGGAGAACCUCACUGUACCUUCCUUUCUCUCCACCUCAUCCUGUGCGCUCUCUGUUCUUAAUGGGAAUGCUCAGAAAACACGCUGCCGUGCCCUUCUCCCUGUCUGACCCAGCAGGAGUGGGAAGGAGCUGCACUCCUCUAUCUUUGUGAGAGGAGCUAGAGACGUAGUGUGCGCUGGGACACAGCACAGCCUGCAGUGCUGGAGCUGGGGCCGACGGUGAAGGCAGGGACGUUGGGGCAGUCGGGUCACUGUUUACUUGCUCUGUAGUUUGGGAUUGCAUUCUCCAGAGACGCAUGCGCCUCGGUGAGCAGAGGUCAAGACCUGAGUGGCUCCUCCUGACAGGAGAUUCCAAGGACCCGGCCUGUGCCACUGGGGUGGGGAAUGCUACUCCCCUUCUAAGCAGGGAAAACUGACAUGCUGAAUCAUUUUGUAACUGUGAGUGAGAAACUUUCAGGUGAAGAUGAACUAGCAUACAGUAUUGUUCAGGUGCGUUUGCAUUGGCUCUGGGGAAAGACGGUAGAAAAAGAACAACAGUCUUGGUUUUUAAUGAAAAGGAAGACUGAGGAAUCGCGGGUUUGCUGUGUGACAAUACACAAAGGCUUACUUAGUUUUAUACUAAACUUUUUUUAAGGUCUUAGCAUUUAAUAUUCAGCAAACCCACACAUUUUCUAAACCACCAUGAGCUCCUGAAAGAUGGAGGAAACCUCAGUCUUGAAAUGUUGAUUUUUUUUUUUAAAUCAUGACAGCAUUUUACCAUGUAAUUGAGUAACUUUUGGUAACACCUUCCAUUUCUUUGUAUGUUUGUAAUAAUGGACAUUUUAAAACAUAGGAAUGUUUGGUUUGUACAGACUUUGACAAAUGUGUGUUAAUAAAAAUUCAUAUUGACU